UGUCUCUCUCCCUGUCUCUGCGGGUGUCUCUGUGUCUCUGUCUGGUGACAACAGAGCCUGUCCGGCAGAGCAGCGGAUGUGUGAGGGUGAUUCAGGGGCUGACAGGAAGCCCGCUCGCUGCCUUGCCUGCUGCCCUCCGGUGGCUGUGCCGUUAGCGUCAGCUCGGGCAGGUGUGUGGGCUCAGGAUGAGGUGGCCGCACUGAGGAGCCCCCAGCUCUCAGCCCUGCAGGACACGUGGCUAGGAGCGGACAUGAACGUGGACGCCGAGCUGCUGUGGCCGGGGGCGGCCCUGCUGCUGCUGCUGGGGACGGUGGCCGGCCUGUGCGUGCGCUGCUCCCGGCCAGCUGUGAAGAAGUCGGAGAAAAUCUACGAGCAGAGGAGCCUGGAAGAGAACCCACAGAACUUUUCGGUGGCCCGGACGUAUUCCUUGGUCAGGCAGCCGUGGCCCGGGCCCCUGCUGGACACAGCCUCCGACGUGGCGCCGACAAGGAAGGACAAGCUUCUGCGGUUCUCCCCCAGCGUCGAGGAUUCCGCGUCCUCUAGGUACCUGGAGGACUUCAGCAAAGGCAGCAGACGGGAAUCCCAUGGGGCCUACAUAGACCCCCUCACUUCGGACUAUUACAACUGGGGCCAGUUCCAGAAGCCCUCGGAAGACGAUGAUGACACCAAUUCGUAUGAGAACGUGCUCAUCUGCAAGCAGAAGGACACCGAGUCAGCCCUGUCUCGGUGUCUCCCUGCAGGGGACGAAGGCUCCGAGGACUAUCAGAACUCAGCAUCCAUCUGGCAGUGGCGGGAGUCCAGGAGGGUGCUGGAGCAAGGCCAGAGGGACGCGCCCCUGUCGCUGGCAGGAAGCCCAGACGAGGAGCCUGAUUACGUGAAUGAGAGCGUGGCGGCCACAGAAGCCUAGUGAGGACCUGGAAGGAGCCGAGGGAGCCACCAAGCUCAGAGGACUCUUUACUGUGUCCCCAGAGGUCACUUCUCUUGACUUGCCCAACCGCUGGACUCCCCAAGGUUACUCCCAGGAGAAUCGCUGAUGUCUGAGGACCAUCGGCCGGGUCACGGGGGACAGUGGGGAAAGGACAGUUACAGGUGUAAUUACCACCCCCUCCCCGCACCCCUGCCCACCCAGCUUCUGCAGGAGCCCAGAGCUCCUGCUGCCAUCGGACAUCCAAGAUUCAGGGCAAGUUGCAUCCCCACGUCUAAAACACCGUGCCUCGCUGGUACCCCUGUGCUUUUCUGCUUUGGAUUCAGGUCCCAAAUUACUGACUGAUGUCGGGUGCUGGGAUCUUUCUCAUGGUCCAGAAGCUUGUACAGUUAAUUUAUAUAGGCGGAGCCAUAUUUAAUAAUCUACAUCUCUGGGUAGAGAUUCGGGUCUAUCCCGCCCCCUAGAAGCAUUACACGUAAUGUCAGCAGAGUUAGGGUGAGCCCCAGCACCCCUUUCUCUGGGCCUCAGUCCACCAGGAAGACAUGAGGCUACAGGCAACUUCGUGCCCGCCAGUGGGAACGUCUGCCGUGGACAAAGUGCAUCAUGACUGUGGAGAAGGGGCGGCGCGCAGCGGCCGAGGGGUGUCCCUCGGUUGCCCGGAAGUCCUCCCUGCUCCGGGACCGGCCUCGGCUGAGCUCACUGAGCAGAAACACAGCCGUCUCCUGGGAAUGGCAGGGGCCCAAAGGGACCUUCUGAGUCAGAAAAGCCACAGCCAGAGAAACAAGAUGCUUCCUUCAACUGAAACAUCUCAAUAGAGCAUUUUCAUUUAAAAGUA